UCACUGUUCAAAGCACACACAUUUGGUUGCAUUUUACGCUACUUUAUUAUUAUUAUUUUCAUUCUGGAGUAAUCGGUGCAGUUUCCCAACCAAUCAACUAGUCAUCUCUCGGUAACCCCUGCAUCUUGCGCCCUUAUAACAUAUAGCGGUUCCCUCUUAAAAUCGUGCUGAAAUAGCUGCGACCACUUCUUUUGCGACUACGAUCCCUCAUCCCGCACUACCAUUGCGAAUGACCCAGCACAACACAGAGCAAGCACAGCGAACUGCCAACUGUCACAUGAUCUCCCAGCCUGCUCAUGUGACUAAACACUUUCAUUAUGAAGGAACACUUUCGCUGGGCAGGAAUGUGAUGACUGGCGAUGGAUAAGCCAAUCAAAUAAUGAGAUAGUGACAAUAGGCGUGGCCUUCCUUGGAGGACGGUGUGGGCGCUUUGAAAACCCGGAAGUGUAUGGAAUUUAUUCUUUGCCACUGUACCACGAUAGAAUCUUGUCGGUACCUGUGCUGAAAAGGCUGAACGUGUAUUCCUUAUUGUAAGCAUACACAGAGAGACUCAGACAUAACAACUGGCGACGAGGAAAAGGAAAUUAAACCCUGCAAAAUGGCGCAGACAGGACAUCAGCGAACAAUUCUGAAUCCGGUUGUACCUUACGUGGGUACAAUUUUUGGUGGCCUGGAACCAGGACAGAUGGUUGUAGUACAUGGGACUGUUCCUUCUGAUGCAGAUCGAUUUCAGAUAGACUUCCAGUGUGGAAGCAGCAUCCAUCCUCGUUCUGAUGUGGCUUUUCACUUCAACCCUCGCUUUAAAGGGUCCGGACACAUUGUAUGCAACACCCUACAAAAUGAAAAAUGGGGAUGGGAGGAAAAAACAUACCACUUGCCAUUUACAAAGGGGCAACCAUUUGAAGUUAUAUUUUUGGUUUUUCACCAUAAAUUUCAGGUGUCUUCAAAUGGAAAAAACUUACUUGUCUAUAAACACAGAAUCGGUCUAGAAAAAGUUGAUACGCUGGGUAUAUCUGGUAAAGUGAAGAUUAAUUCAAUUGGAUUUUUAUCUCAACCAACAAUUCUGGGUUCACAGCCAACAUCUUUUGCUGUAAACAGCAUAGAAGGAAAUCAGGGAAGAUCAGAAAAGCUGCUGACCUUUUCUGUUCCUUAUACAGGAUGCCUUCCUAGUGCUCUCAUCCCUGGGAAGACUGUGGUCAUUAAAGGAGAAGUACACAAGUAUGCUAAGAGGUUUGCCAUUGAUCUGAAGCCCCAUGGCUCCAAGGACAUUGCAUUACAUCUGAAUCCACGAAUAAAAGAAAAGGUGUUUGUCAGGAACACGUAUCUGUGUGAAAGCUGGGGGGAAGAGGAGAGACACCUGCUGGACUUCCCGUUUUGCCCGGAAAUGUACUUUGAGAUUCUCAUCUUCUGCGAGCUACAGCAGUUCAAGGUUGCUGUGAAUGGAGUACAUCAGCUGGAGUAUAAACACAGAUUCAAAGAUCUAAACAAGAUCAAUGAGGUUUCUGUGAAUGGUGAUGUUGAACUACAUGAUGUUCGCAUCUGGUAGGAUGUUAAAACUGCUGUAAAGGUCUUUUAAUAUUUAUCUGCAUUAUAAGGGAAUACACUAUACUUCUGGGAUAGCUUAACUGACUUUUUACUUAAUUAGUGAUGAGUGAAUCUGUCCUGUCUCGCUUUGCCAAAAAAUUCACAAAAUGGAGAAAAUUAGCAAAACGCAUUAAAGUCAAUGGGUGUUUUUUUUACAAUACUUGCAGUAUUAGGGGCAUUUUCUUUUGCAGCGAAAUAUUGUGAAAAAUUUUGCUCAUUAUUAUUAAUUAUAUAUAUUAGCUGUAAUACUAAUAGAUAUAAUGAUUAUUUUAUGCUAGACAUAAAAGUGUAAAUAAUAAUUUAUGGCAAAUACUGUAUAUAUAUUUUUUACCUUGAACCACACUGUUCAACACAAAACGGAAACUGUCAUCAAUUAUUUUUGUUUUUAAAAAUCCAGGCUUUGAGAUCAGUGGGGUGAAAAUUAAUGGAAUCAGUUAAAUGGCAUUUAUUUCCUUGUAAAGUGUUCCUUACAAUUUUAUUUCCCUCUCUGUAUAAGUAAAAUUGUAUUUUUCCCCCACUUUUAUUAGCAGGCUAUAUAUUUUUAGGAAAAUAAGUCUGUCUGGGAGAGAUUAAUCAUAGAGUCUGUCUGUCUGUCUGGGAGAGACUGAUCAUACCAAAGACCAGAAUUCUUUAAACUGGAUGUCGUUCUCCAAGGCAAUAGCAUGGCUCAAAAGCUCUAUAGACUUCUUUGUUUAUUUUGCUUGUACAGGUAUGGGACCUGUUAUUCAGAAUGCUUGAGACCUGGGGCUUUCCGAAUAAGAAAUCUCUCUAUAAUUUGGAUCACUGUACUUUAAAGGGCAGAUUUAUUAUGCAGUGUAAAAAAACGCAGACAAAUCGUCACACACCCUCAGGCUUCAGACUAUUUUUGCGUUUUUCUUCCGCCAGAACUUAUGUAAAAUAACGGCGUAAAAUCUGGUGUUGAGAGGGUGAACUUCUCCAUUUAUUUCCCACACUUUUUACACUUUUUUGUUGAAUUUUAUUUUCCACAGCAUAAUAAAUAGGCCUCUUAGUCUACUAAAAAUAAUAUAAAUGUUAAAUGAAUCCAAUAUGAUUGUUUUGUCUCCACUAAGGAUUAAUUAUAUCUUAGCUGAAUAAUGGGUUUCCGGAUAAUGGAUCCCAUACCUGUAUAGUAAAUCUGAUUCUAUCCAGUGUUUUACACUGUUAGAUGGUGUUCGAUGUUUUAUAUGAGGCGACCACUUAAUAAAUAACACUAUGGGGAAAAUGUAUCAACAUUUGGAAUUAAGUUUUUACUGCAAUUUAGAGUUUUUUUAAAAGGGGAACUAUCAUGAAUGGGAAUCUGUAUAACUCAGUACUUACAGGCAGUUUGUGUUCUGAGCAGAGAGGAAUGGGAGUGGUACAACCAAUCUUGACUGACAUCUAAAGUUCAACCCCCACCUGCCUAUCUUUCCUAUCUGAUAGAAAACCUGGAAAAGACUUUGAAGGUUCAACCCAAUUUCCCUUACAUUGUCUGACACUUCAUUGUCUUUUCACUCACCUGAGUCACUAACAAACACCUAGAACUUUAUUUUUUUGUAAUUUAUAAGAAAAACAUGAAAGAAGCCACAUAACACUUGUUUUUUUUUAGCAGCAGCAAUCAGGUUAUUUAGCACAAAGUCUCAGCAAUUUGAUAAAUACAUGCCAAGGCAGGUGAUGCUGGGAGUUGUAGUGAAACAAUAACUUUAGGGCAUUUUAUUCCUGUAAAACUAAAACUCACCUUUUGUAUAACUUAUAAACAAGUAAAUGCAACUUAUGGAUAGCAGAAUAUAUGGCCAUUUCUUAGGCUAACUCCACAGUAAGCCUAAGAAUGCAAAAGAGCCUGAAGUGCUGUGUAUAUAUGGGUAUAAAGCUGCUUUUCUGUUAUAUGUACAAAUGCAGCUUCAUCAGCACCCAGCCCAGCCCUCCAUUCCUUUACUUUCCCUUUGUACAUCUUUGCUCUUAAGGGGUGUGGCCUCAGGACAUGCCACAGCAAAUCAGCUUUCACUCUGCUCUGUCACUCACACAUUUCUGCGUCACUGACACAGACCAGGGAGCCACAGAUUCGGGAGGGUGGGGGAUAAUAUUUAGCCAUAACUUUGUAACGGUGCAACAUUGCAGACUUUAUAUUUUCAAUAUUAUAAAAAUAUUUUUCAUGAUAGUUCCCCUUUAAGUAGACAUUACAAAACUUAAUACAAUUGUUAUCAAAACCUAAAAGCAGAAUAUCAAUGUCAAACUAGAAUUAAAUUCCAAAAUCUAUUGCAUCUUUAAUUUUGAUGAAAUUUCAAUAAAAUUAAUUUCCGGUA